CUGACCAAAGUCCUGAUGAACGAUUGAUUUCCUCCGUUCAUCUCAGGUCGCGCAGUCUAUUUCUUUUGUCGUGUACGGACCCAAUACCUUGGGUCUUUUGGCACGCAGAUUCACUUCUGCCGUUCCUUGAUCUACCUAUCUGUAGUUUAUCCUUCCUCCCCCAUCUUUCCCAUCAGAUCCCGACACCAAGAACGUGCUGUCCGUGAUCACAUCAUUGGGCGCUAAAGGGUUCCUAGUCAAGACUAGACUUGGACUAGAAUAUCUAUUCUAUCGACAUUGCGCCCUCCCCGCCGAAAACACCAGGCUUUUUUUUUUCUUCUUCAAGCCAGGUACACUUCAAUCAGGAAACCAAAAAAAAAGUGCAGCCGAAUUCGGUUGUCUAGCUUUAUUUGCUUGGUCAGGAAACGCCUCACAACGUCUAUUACAUCGUAUCGAAGACGCCAGCCCGCCUCUCAACGUCCAGUCCCAUGCGACCGGUACAUCCCGAAAUCAGCAAAAAGUAGCCAAGAACCGCCAGAGUUCACCAAAACCUUUUCCACUUUCUUACAAAUUGCACUCCCUCAUAUUUCGCGGUCGCUUCUAUUUCAACCAAUCUGGCAGGAAACAAACGGCGCAGUCUCUCCACUCAAGGAGGUCUGCUGAGUAGAAUGUUUGGCGGCUCCUCGAAAGCGGACAGCCCUACCCUAACCAGCCCAACUUCGAGCCUACCGGCGACAGCUACUCCUGCGCCAGGGAGCAAGUCUCCGUCCCCGGACGCGAGCGAGUCGACAUUGAGCAGCAGCCCCACCAAAGCUGCCGAGCAGGCCACGAGCAGGGAGAAACGGAGCGGCAAUGGCAGCCCACCCGACUCUGCCGGUGCUGCCGAGCAGAAGAAACGGAGAAGCAGCGGCGUGAGCAGUAAGGCAAGCAGUCUGCUCGCCAGCGCAAAGAAUACACUCAAUUUCGGACAGGGUAGCAGUCGUUCGAAUACCGACAAUGGAUCCUCUACGCAGACUGCACUGCAGAAGCUGGGCAAACAGGACCCGGCUCUCGUAGUACCGCAAGGCCAGCAGAACAACUCGGCAGGAGAAUCACUACCUGGGCCCAAGUCGACUUUCCGCGUCGGUGUUUGGGAGGAUCGCAACAAGAAAUGCAGGCGUACUAUGGAAGAUACCCACGCAUUCCUCUACAACUUUCUCCAUACGCCGGCAGCGACACCUGCCAGUUCGUCAAAUGCGACUGAUGGCGAAACCAAAACCACAGCCACUCCGGGUGAUGAGAUUGUUGAGUCUGAUAAUGGCUACUUUGCCAUUUUUGAUGGUCACGCUGGCACCUUUGCCGCGGACUGGUGUGGCAAAAAAUUACAUCUCAUCCUGGAAGAGACUAUACGCAAGAAGCCCAAUGUACCUAUCCCCGAGCUUCUCGACGAGACCUUCACUACAGUCGAUGCGCAGCUCGAAAAACUCCCUGUGAAGAACAGCGGCUGUACGGCUGCAAUAGCGGUACUUCGUUGGGAGGAUCGAGUGCCCAGCAGUCAGUCUGCCACUGGUUCCCAGCCUGUUGCAGCCGCCAAGGCUUCAGAUGAAGGCCUGAAGCCCGAGGACGGAAAGUCCAACGAUGGUGCCAGUCUACGCGCGUCCGAUGCGGCGCCCCCGAGGCCGAAACCAGCCGUGACGAAACAGCGCGUCCUCUAUACGGCCAACGUGGGCGAUGCUCGUAUCAUCCUCUGUCGAUCCGGGAAAGCUCUCCGUCUCUCGUAUGACCACAAGGGAAGCGACGAGAACGAAGGCAGACGCAUAACUAAUGCUGGUGGCUUGAUACUCAACAACCGUGUCAAUGGCGUACUUGCUGUGACGCGAGCCCUCGGCGACACCUACAUGAAGGAAUUGGUCACAGGCCAUCCCUAUACGACCGAAACUGUCAUUCAGCCAGAACUGGAUGAAUUUCUUAUCAUUGCAUGUGAUGGACUUUGGGACGUGUGCGAUGAUCAAGAGGCUGUUGAUCAGGUUAGAAAUAUCGAAGACCCAGCGGCUGCGGCAAAGCUGCUAGUCAACCAUGCCCUUGCUCGAUUCAGCACCGAUAACUUGUCCUGCAUGAUUGUUCGAUUUGACAAGCAAGCGGUCCUUGACGGGCACUCCCGCAAGGACGCUGCCACCAAAGGUGAUCCGGCUAGCAAACCGAGCGAGGCAGACCGGAAUGUUCAAUUGGCCACUAACGCUGCCGGCCGGAGCAAUGACCCUAUACCUUCGAUUAGUGAGGAGCCGGCGGCGGCGGCAGCAGCCGCAGCAGGGGACUCGUCUGGUGGCACGAAAGGGCAGGAUGAUGAGACCAGCCAACCGGCCACAUCUUCAUAAGAAACCAGAGAAACAGCCCGCAUAGCGCCGCACUCACACUGGUCAAAUUGCUGAAUACGUGUAGUUGAGCUACUAUAGAAUUUGCUUCUCUUCGUAUUCAGCGGGUGGCACAGGUUGUUGGAAGGCGGCAGUAAAUUGGAAGGGAGACACGCUACGAAUGGAACCGUAGUGUGGGACAUUGUACACGUUUUGUCAUCGUUGAGCCAGCCUACUAUGCAAGAGCAAGGGUAGCCCGGUCUUUUUAAGGCAUAGACACUGAGCUGGCUGGCUUGUUGUUUCCGUGAGCUUCCAUCCUACUACCAGAAUUUCUUUUAAAUAGUUGGACUGUCUUGGUAAACAUAUGCAGGUGCAGUAAAAUCGCGUCCAUCUUACUGAGGAUGUCUCAGGAUUGAAGAACUGGCCUUAUGCUUCAAUGGGCCAGCAGCGGUCAUCCUGGUUCGACAACGAAGCCGCACGCUGGGCUGGAAAGGGAUCCCUUGGCUACCAAGAUGGACGACGUAAGGAACGGAAAGCAAGUCUCAGGAUAGACCAAGAGACGAACGUGGAUUGAUGCAAAAGGGUGGUGAGCUGGAUAUUAUCAGUUGACGAGUUAAGUUUGGCACGCGACUAUUGUACAAACAAUGGGACAAUAGGAGGUGAGCUUGAUUUAAGGUACGAGGACAAUUUUUAAUUAAAUGUCUACCGGUUAAUUUAGGUUGGGCGGGAAGUUGCUGGUCUAAUGAUGCCCGCAAUGUCUGUUCCUCCGAUGAAUGGCAGGAAAGCACUGACAGCUCCGAAAGUUGCUGAUUGGGCUGUAUCGCACAGACCCCUUUCAAUAUGAGGAGUGGGGGUGCCCGGUCCUACUACGAAGUACUAGACUAGUAUGGUAAGGAAGGUAGAGUGGAAAGGGAGAAAGCGGACGAUGAUUCGACGACCGGUCUUGACAAUGGGGAACCAAUCCUGUGAUGGAAUAACUGGGACCUCGACUGAAUGGAGCAGACCUUCAGGUCCAGUCUUGCGCUGGAGACCUUUACCCCUAGCAUUAGAACGGAACUAAUGAAUUGCUAGCGCGGGCGACU